GUACAUUUUUCUUAAGAUGUAUUAAAUUGUAUUUAUGAAUUUUAACCAAUUAAUUGUGAUGCCUGUAUAAAUAUUUAGUCACGAGUGGGCGUAGCAACAGUGUAAGCCACAUAAAUCCUGCACUUACUGCUUCCAGCUGUUGGUUAAGCUGUUGGUUAAACUGUUGGUUACGCAAAUCAGCAGCAAAGGUCUCUUGAGUUCAACAAAUUCUUGGCCAUUACGUGUACAUUGCCGCCGGCCAGAAUUCAGCCACAAGAACGCGCUGGCUAUUGCUUUUGUGUGUGUAUGUAUGUACGUAUGUAUGUAUUCAAAACAUUAGAACGCACAGCACAGCAUCCCAUCUGCUCUGCGUCUCAGUCUUCUCCUGGCAAGCAAGCGACGUGCAUGAAAAAGAAAUACACAUACGCUGCCACCACAUUGCCACGUUAAAUUGAAGUGGUUGCCAAAUUUAUAAACAUUUGGGGAACAUUACUCAUUGCUUGGGAAGAUGCCUGCAAAGUUUAGAAUUUCGGCGAUCCUGCUCUGUGCUGUCACUUUUAUAGUGGUUGCUGGACCCAUGCCCACCCAUGGUGCUGUCGCCACACAUAAGCACGAGAAGCAUACGAGUAAGGAACGCGUUAAGGAUGGCGUCUAUGUCCCACGGGAUGCCCAUCAUCACGACGAACACGGCGAGCAUAACGUGGAUUUUGACCAUGAGGCCAUCAUAGGCAACACAAAAGAGGCUCAGGAGUUUGACACACUCUCGCCGGAGGAGUCGAAACGAAGGCUGGCUAUAUUGAUAAAAAUGAUGGAUUUGAACAAAGAUGAAUUUAUUGAUCGGCACGAAUUGAAAGCUUGGAUUUUAAGGUCUUUUAAAAAGCUGUCCGAGGAGGAGGCAGCUGAUCGAUUUGAGGAGAUCGAUCAGGACAGCAAUGAUAAGAUUACCUGGAAGGAAUAUCUGCAGGACACGUAUGCCAUGGAGGAUGAAAAUUUUAAAAAGGAAGUCAUUGACUUCGACAGCUACGAGGAAGAGCAGAAAAUGAUCAAGCAGGACAAGGAAAUGUUCAAUGCAGCCGAUACUAACAAGGAUGGAGAGCUCACUUUGGAGGAAUUUGUGUUCUUCCAAAACCCAGAGGAGCAUCCACAAAUGCUGCCAGUGUUGUUGGAGCACACCAUGCAGGACAAGGACUUAAAUCACGAUGGCAAGAUUAGUUUUCAAGAAUUUGUUGGCGAUGCAGCGCAGCACCAUGACAAGGAUUGGCUUAUAUUGGAGAAAGAUCGCUUCGACACAGAUUUCGAUGCCAACAGCGAUGGCUUUUUAGCGGGCAACGAGGUACUAACUUGGAUAGUGCCCAGCAAUGAGGAUGUAGCCGUCGAUGAGGUGGACCAUCUAUUUGUGAGCACUGAUGAGGAUCACGACGAUCGGUUGUCGUAUUUGGAAAUUCUCAACAACUAUGACACGUUUGUGGGCAGCGAAGCAACCGACUACGGGGAUCAUCUUCAGAACAUAAACCACUUCGAGGAUGAACUGUAAUCUUAUGGCCAUAUCUUGCGAAUCAAAACAAUUGCUUUGUCAGCAUUAAGCCCUUGUAUGUUUAUUUGUGUCAUUUAGUUCAUACAAUUAUGUUUUAUUUAUUUAAACUGACAAUUGAGUACAGAAGUUCCAAAUUGAAAUGUAGUAUUGUUAUAUUAAAAGGCAAACAUGUGCAGAUUUAAUUGCACUGUCUGUACAAAAUUGUGUUUAUACAUACGUACACAUUUAUAAUUUAUUAAUUUAUAUAUAGACACCAAAAAGAAUCCACAUAAUAGGUAAUAGUACAAUAAAUAAUUUUUACUAAACUAU